AUGUUUGAAAACUUCAACUUAUUCCAUGUGCCAUCCCUCUUCGUUGCCACUGCCGUUACCUUUGGCGGCUUGAUACCCUUCUUCAACGCCGAAUACGCCAUCGUUGAAUUCGGUCUCCCACAACGCAUCGCUAAUUCCAAGCCAGCUCAGUCGGUGAUGAUACUGAGUUCUGCACGCGGCACCGCCAUCGGUAUCGCUCUUUUUACUUUCUAUUUUCAAGGGAAACUGGUCGAGUUCGACACCGUUCUGACCAUUUUGGGUGCUUACGUCGGCCUGGUAGACGGCUAUGUCUGCCUGCGAGAGGAUGUGCCUAACAAGGCUGUUUUCCGUACAGCUUCAGGCCUGGCAAUUGCUGCAUGGGGCUGGUUCAGCAUGACGAUCACCUGGCGGCAGUGGCGGUCAGCUGAUGAGCAGAAGGGAUACAAGCCGGAAGCGUUACAGGGGGAAGACAAGAGAUUGCAUUGUGUAACUACCGAUAGCGCAAGACUUGACGGUGUUCACAACCCCCUGUGUAACAAAUUCUCAAUUAUUGCCGGAUCCCUCCUUCUUGAAUCAGAAGCAGAAAUCAUGGCCCAGCCAUACAAAGAUGGAGGAGGAGAAGAUACCCCCCAACACACUCAAGAAGAUGUACGCGAUUUCCACCUACCCUGGCGAGUUCGGUGUGUCUUUAUUAUCCUCUGUCUCUUAUCCUUCAUGUCCGCCAUCGACGCAACCAUCGUGACCACGUCUUUACAAACCGUCACCCAAGAAAUCGGCGGCCAAAAGCAAUAUGUCUGGAUAGUAAACGCCUUUAUGUUUGCCACUACUGUCCCACAGCCCUUUUACGGACAGAUCGCGAACAUAUUUGGCCGCCGUCAUCCGAUGAUAGUUGCCAUUUCACUUUUCGCUCUGGGCAGCGGUAUAUCUGGCGGUGCGACGAGCGCUGGGAUGCUCAUUGCUGGACGCACGAUUCAGGGGCUCGGAGCAGCAGGCCUGUAUGUCUUGUCGGAUAUCAUCAUUUGCGAUUUGGUGCCGCCUCGACAUCGAGGUCCUUAUUUGAGUGCUGUGCUAUCAACCGCUGCUAUCGGAACGACCAUUGGGCCGAUUAUUGGUGGUGCACUGGCUGAGGCUCAUUGGCGAUGGAUUUUCUGGAUCAAUCUGCCUGUAUCAGCUGUGGGGCUACUGGAAAUUAUAUUCCUCCUCAGAGUCAAACAUGAGAACACCAGCCGGAUUUGGAGACAUGCCGUCUCGCGAGUCGACAUUCUGGGCAACCUGAUUUUCAUACCUUCUAUGUUUGCAAUUUUCUUUGGUCUGAUCAUGGGAGGGGAGCAAUAUCCCUGGAAUUCCUGGCACAUCAUCAUCCCCUUGGUUCUGGGAGUUCUAGGAUGUGUCAUCUUUGCUCUUCAUCAAGCAUCGUCGAUUUGCAAAGAACCUAGCACGCCGCCACGACUCUUCAAACAUAGCACCUCUGCAGCGGGUUACAUCAUCAUCUUUCUAGCCGCCGUAAUUCUCCAAGCCAUUUCGUAUUUCUUGCCAACCUACUUUCAGGCUGUCAAGGGCACCUCGCCGCUUAUGUCCGGAGUCGACUUUUUGCCGUUUGCACUUGCCAUUAUCCCGUUUGGUGGCAUAACGGGGUGGUUCAUGUCCAAAACAGGGUUGUAUAUCCCCAUCCACUGGAUGGGCUUCAUUCUCACCGCUACAGGAGCUGGUCUCCUCUCAACACUCAACCAGGCAUCCAGCCGGGGCGCUUGGAUCGGCUACCAAAUCCUUGUAUCUGGCGGAACUGGCAUGAUCUUUACAGCCACUUUACCAUCUACAUUGGCUCCGCUGUCAGAGUCUGACGUUGCCGUUGCAACAGGGACAUAUUCAUUUAUCCGCUCAUUCGGCUUGGUUUGGGGAGCCACGGUGGCAUCGGUUGUAUUCAACAGUCAAAUAGACGCCCAUCUCGGUUUAAUCGCUGCGACGGAUAGCGGUAACCCUCAGACGAUAAGGGAUGCAUUGGCUUACGGGAAGGCAUACUCAUACGCGAGUGGUGGGUUUAUUACUUCUUUGCCUGAUGAAACACAACAUCAGGUUGUUGACGUCUAUGUCAAGGCAUUGCGCGUUGUUUGGUUGGUUGUCACCGCUGUGGCAUGUCUCGGCUUCGUUUGCGUGAUUUUCGAAAAGCCUGUCGAGCUUCGAAAGGAGCAUGAUACUCAAUAUGGGCUGGUAGAGGAUACGAAAUAUACAAACAAAGAAGGCAUUAUUGUCAAUUCUUCUAUUGAUAUCAAUACGGUGGAACAGGGUUUGAGCGCUGCAAAGGGUGGGCAAGAAUGA